AUGUCCAACCUACGUCAAAGCCGUCGGCAGCAACAUCUGACCCCUGAACGUCGGGAGGAAGACGAUAUAGACCGACGAGGAACUAAGCGCCGCGAGUCUCUCACGGACUAUACCGACCACCGAGCUGAGAAAGAACGGAUGGAACCACAGGAUAAAGCGACAGGCACCCAAGACACCCAGGGGGGGGCUAUCAGCCUAACGCAAGAAGACGUUGUAAUUAAGGAAGAAGCCAAGGGAAAUUCCGACCUGCGUGCGGACAGGGAGCAGUUCACUAUUAGUAAACAGGUAGCUAGUGAUGGACUGCCUUCCCGUUCGUCUUCGGGUAUCUCUGGAGCCCUAUCUUCUGGUAUCGAGCAGACACGCCUACCACCUCACAAGCGCAGGCGUGACCGCCGUCGUUCCAACAACAAGGGUACGGCGCGGGGCCAGUCGUCGACACAGAAGCUAACCGAGCGUAUGGCCCAACAACCGUCGCUCUUAGAGAGGUACGAACAGAGGUUGCAGCGUACAUCGUCCGAACGACCCACGACCUUGCUAUACGCAAACGAAGCGUCGACUAGUCCACACAAACGGGAGCGUAUGGCACAAGGUAGAGAGGACAAUCCCACGUUUCGGAUCCAAGGCCGUUCACAACAACACCAUGGCCUCGGGUACGAACCACCUGGGUCAGAAGGUCAACUCUCCGAGGAGGAAGAUACCUUGUCGUCUCUAGAAGAGGCUCCGUCAUUCCAAGAAUUCGCACGUGAGCAAGUGUUGGCCACGCAAACCCCACAUGAGAAGGAAGCGCUCAAGAAUAGGUAA